AUGUCAGAGACUCGACGCAAAUACGAACUUACUAAGCUUCUCGUCAUCAUUCUAGAAAAUUCUACCAUAAUGCCAUUCACCUGGUACUGCAAUAAAUACACGUGUUUUUAUUGUCGUUGUCAUUUCGUUGAAAGUGAAAAACUUAAGCAACACAUGAGGGAGGAACACGAAGAUACCAAAGUGACCCGGAUAUUUCGUAGUCUCCUCGGCAUUUACCGGGUCAAAUUGGACAUCACUGACAUAAGUUGUAAGCUGUGUCCAAAGCCGAUGCAAAGUUUUGAUGAGUUUUUAGAUCACAUUUCCGAUCAACACGAUAUGCAGUUCAACAAAGAAAUCAGUCGGUGCAUCUUUACUUUCAAGCUGAGAGACGACGAAAUGUCUUGUUGCGAGUGCGGUGAAAAGUUUCGUUUCUUCAGCUCGCUACUAAAACACGCGCACAAGUACCACAACAAAUCCGGUACUUUCGUAUGUGAGUUCUGUGGACAAGGAUUUGUCAAUAAAACUAAUGUCGAUGGUCACAUUAGAAACGUCCAUUUAUCCAAGGAACUGAACUGUGAUAAAUGCGGGAAAAACUUUUCUAACAUCACCGCGUUAAAGACCCACAUUGACCGAGAGCACACACAGCGGAUGAAAUGUCCCAAAUGUCCCGAAGUCUUAGGCAGCAAAUAUUUAAAACAGCGCCAUUUAGCGCUUGUCCAUGAUGUUAAGUCGUAUCAGUUCAGUUGCGAUCAGUGCCCUCAAGUGUUUACCAAAAACAGCAGUUUGGUGCAGCACAAAUCAAGGGUCCAUUUAAAAGAAAAGACGAUGACUUGUGAGAUAUGCGGGUUUAAAGUAUUUAAUAAGGAGCUAUUGAAGCGACACAUGGUGAAACAUGACGAUACUAGGCCUUAUGAAUGCGAAUUUUGUAAGAAAGCGUUCCAAAGAAAAAAGACACUAGAACUUCAUAUCAGGAUACAUACGAAUGAUAAAAGAUAUGUGUGCAAAGAGUGCGGCAAAGCGUUUGUCCAGGUCACCAGCUUAAAGCUGCAUGUUAGAGUACAUCACCCUAGUACAAAUGAGCAUGAAUCUUGGAGCUAG